UGGGGCCAGCGCACGUGUUCAUCCUUUCCCCUGAUUUCAUACGCGGCCAAAGGUUUCCAAACAGAUUAGAAAUGUUCAUUUUCUUAAAGAAAAAUUCCGCUUCCACUCAAGACAGGGGAACAGGGAACAAGUUUAAAACAAACAAGCAAAAAGAAAAACCAGACAAAACAAACCAAGUGCCCUCCGAAGCCCCAAAUGUGCCACUGCCACCAUGAAGUCACCCCUGAGGGCGUCCCCUCCCACCGCAGAGGUGCCUCUGCGCAAAGUGCUGGGCGUGAGCUGCUCAGAACAGGCGGCGGCCACGGGGAGCACACACCGUCGCCUGCCCAGAGCGACCGCGCUCUCCUGGACGCGUCCCUCAGGCUCCAGGACCGCGGGUGGCUCCCAUCUGGGCUGCGGCAGCCUCUGGGCAGCCCCGGAUCUGGAGGUGGGACUUCUCCCGGUAGCAAGACGAGGCGGAAGGCUCUGCGUCGGAGGGCUCAGGUCUGCUGCCAUCCCCAGCACGGCCCGCAGAAGCCACCCGCCAGCCACACUCGAGGUUGUGGCUGCACCCUGGCAGGGGCCCCACCCUGGGGAGUGACCCCACGGGCCUGGGCUCUGCGGCCGCGACUCUGUCUGGGGUGGCACGGGACAGGCCCCUGGGAGCGCGCCUCCCGUCCCGUCCUGUCCCGCUUUCUGUCAAAGCCGAGUAGCCCUUCCUGCCACAUUUUCUGUUGUCCCCCGCUUGGGCUCACUCUUACCGCCCAGGGUGAGGCUCCUGCUGGGGGAGGGGUCGACCUCCCUCCCGGCCUUCCCCUUCCGGCUGCACUGGGCCUCCUGAUUUCAGAAAAGCAAAGUCACAGACCUCUCGUUCAUGAGCAUAAGUGGUGUCUGACCUCCAGCAGUGCCGUCCUCCUGCUUUAGCCCGGCAUCUCGGGUCAUCUGGUUAUAGAUCUGUACCUUGUAAAUCAUUCUCGUUGUGCAAGCCUCAGGGCCAGCGUGCCGGGCACAGUAGGCCUGCGGGGCAGCCGGCCAGGUCGGAGGACGGUCCUCACCGGGCUUCUCUCUGCAGAGACCGGGAAGUCCGAGUCUUCCCACCGCACGUCAGGGGACAGGGGCCCCAGCCUCCACGGGCCGUCCCUGCCGCUCGCGGGGCUGUCUUCUGACGAGGACUGUCAGGGUGUCUCCCUGGCCCUUCCCGGGAGGGGCUCACGGCAGCAGCCUGACGGGGACCAGUUCAUCACGGCCCCGAAUGCCAGCAGGACAAGCUGGCCACCACCAGACGCCUCCACAGCCAAAGCCAAACAGGCACCCAGGACGAAAAUAGCCGUCAGAUGACCGACCAGAGGGCUGGCUUACCACAGUCCAAGGCAAGCUGCUCACAACAGCUGCAGCUAAAAAUAGGCGAGAAGGGGACGCGUCUUUGGGAGAAGCAGCAGGGAGAGCUCUGUCCUGUCUCCAGCCGCACGCGGCAGGUGGGCAUGAUGCAGUCACUCCGCUUCAUUUCUGCUGAGGCCUUGGCGUCCCACCCCCAGGUGGCCCGGCAGAGCCUGGACGGCGUGGCCCACAACCUCUACCCGGUGCUCUUCAAAGCCAGCUACCUGCUGGAGCAGGCGGAGGUGAUCCGCGUUCUGCUGGAGCACUGGCCGCUGGAGGAGUUCCGGCUGGGGGCUCUGCUGGGCCCCAGCGCAGACCACCCCGGGGACCUGCGGGACCGGGCCUGCGGCGCCUGCCUGGAGGCCUGCGUGCGCGGCCUCGCCGACCACACGCUCUGGGGCGGGGGCCGGCGGCGCCUGCGGGUGGCCGACCUCACGGGCAUCCGAGACGUGCAGGUGCAGGGGUGUCCCUGUGGGAGGGCGCUGGGCAGGUGGGGCCGCACCAAGCUGCUGGCCGGGACCUGCUGCGAGCUGCAGGCAGAGCCCCGUGCGGCCCGGCGCCCCGUAGAGGUCCUCGCCGAUAUCUUCGUCACCGAGGGCAACUUCGACUUGGUGGUGCGGGCCCUGGGGCCGGAGGGUCCCGCCCCACUGCGCGUGCGCUGCCUCUCCUUCCGGGCCGACAGCCUGGGCCCCGGGCAGCUGCUGCACGUGCUGCGUCUGGCGGGGCCGGGCGAGCUGCGCCGGCUGGAGGUGGUGCACAACGUGCGUCUGCACGCUGGCCACGUGCAGCAGCUGCUGGCCCAGGUGGGCUUCCCCCAGCUGGUGUCGCUCACCCUGCCCGCCAAGGCCUUCGACGCGCCCCCUACCGGCACCCCCGCCCCUGGCGGCGAGGACCCCCUGCUCAGCUCCAUCGCCCGGGAGCUCAGCCGGAUGACGCAGCUCACCGAGUUGAGCGUGGCCUUCUCCACGCUGACCGGGAAGCUCCAGAAACUACUCGGCCCCCUCCGGACUCCUCUGAGAGUGCUGGACCUGGGCAACUGCGCCCUGAACCACGCGGACAUGGCCUUCUUGGCGAACUGCACCCACGCCGCCCACCUGGAGGUGCUGGACCUCAGCGGGCACUGCCUGGUGGACCUGUUCCCCUCGACCUUCUUCCGGCUGCUGGGCCAGGCCGCCCCGACGCUGAGGGUCCUGACCCUGGAGGAGUGCGGCCUCGCAGACCGGCACGUGGGCGCGCUGAGCCUGGCCCUGGGCCCCUGCCGCCGGCUGCGGGAGCUCCGCUUCCUGGGGAACCCGAUGUCGGCCCGCGCUCUCCGGCGCCUCUUCGUGGCUCUCUGUGGGCUCCCCCGGCUGCAGAGCGUGGAGUUCCCAGUGCCCAAGGACUGCUACCCCGAGGGCAGCGACUACCCCCAGGACGAGCUGGCCAUGUCCAAAUUCGACCAGCAGAAAUACAGCGCGAUCGCAGAGGACCUGCGCACGCUGCUGCUGCGGGCCGGCCGCGACGACAUCCGGGUCUCCACGCCCCUCUUCGGAAGCUUCGACCCGGACAUUCAGGAAACGAGCAGUGAACUCGGAACGCUCUUGCUGCAAGCCUUCAAAACUGCUCUGGAAAACUUCUCCAGAGCGCUGAAGCAAAUGCAGUAGGCCCCGGACAGUAGGAGGCGGGUCCCGGCGGCGGCGGCCGGGGCUGAGCCUCCGCCCCCGCCACCACCGAGGCGUCUCCUAGUGGCAGCUGCACGCGCAUCCUUUAGGCGCUCCGGGAGCUGUGACGGAGCACAGCGCCCAGCACGGCGGUGGCGCCAGAGAAGCAGCCCGCGGCGGGCGGCCGUCCUGGUCACGCCGCCUCGGCAGCCGCGUGAGGUACGGGCCGCAGGGAGCAGGGCGGGGGCCGGCGUGAGCGGGGAGGAAGUGGGAGGACGCCUCCCGGGGCACAGCGAUGAAGGCGACCAGCUGAGGAGAGAGUAACACCGAGCGCAAGCCGCAUCCCUUGCCGCAGCGGCUGGGUCCAGGGGUGCGGGAGCCGGCCCGGCGCCCUCCCGUCGCGGGUGUGCGGCGCUGCCCUGUCUGGAUGUUUACAAACUCCCGUCCAGCCAGGACAUGGGCUCUGGUAGUUGACGGCUCUGCCCCUGCCCUUGGGCCAGUGGGC